UCCGGUAUUCUUACUUCCUGUAGGAUUGAUGGGAUGUUAAGUUGCCGGUUGUUUUGGUAGGCUCCGGUAGCUGGACGUGCUGUCACGUCGAGCAGUUGUUAGUUUUUCACGAUGUCGGCACGUGGUGGAAAGAAACGAUGCAAGGCAGUUUCGAAGUCUACAAAAGCUGGUGUACUAUUUCCAGUUGGCCGAAUAGGUCGCUAUCUCCGCAAAAGCACCCACCACUUCAGGAUCGCUGCCGGCGCUCCAGUUUAUAUGGCUGCGGUAAUCGAGUAUCUCACAGCGGAAAUAUUGGAGCUGGCUGGAAACGCGGCACGCGACAACAAGAAAAAUCGUGUCACGCCGCGACACAUUCUGCUGGCGAUCGCUAACGACGAUGAGCUGCACCAGCUUCUUCGUGGAGUGACAAUUGCCUCUGGUGGAGUGCUGCCGCGCAUCCAGCCUGAACUGUUGGCUCGAAAGAAAGGCAACAAGUUUGUAAUGCCCUCGCCCAAGCACCAGCCCUCUGCACUGCCAAUGCGAAUUGACAACAUGCCUUCGAAAUCGCACCAGGCUGCUGUUGCGACUGCAGCUACUGCCAAGCCUUCAUCUGCGCCGCCGCCACCAAAGAAAGUUGCAGCCACCGCAGCAAGCAAAAAACAACUGCCGCCGACUCCAGCAAGUCCUGCUAAGGAGAAAAGUAAAGGAAAAGGAAAGGAAUCGAGUGGGGCAGAGUCAUCACACACAACUGUCACAGUGUUGUCAGAAAAGAAACUUUUUCUUGGUCAAAAGCUCACCGUGAUUCAAGGAGACAUGGCGAGCGUGACAGUUGAUGCAGCCAUCCAUCCAACCAACGCGAAUUUCUCCCUUGCCGGGGAAGUGGGCCAAGUACUGGAGAAGGCAGGUGGCAAGGAGUUCCAGCAGGAAGUCAAAGAGCUGCUGGCAUCUCAUGGGCCUCUGGAGAGUGCUGGAGUGGCCAUUUGUCCAGGCCACCACUUUCCUGCAAAACACGUCAUCCACUGCCAUGUACCUUCUGGUGCCAAUGCAAUUGAACACCUUGAGAAGUGUGUUCGCAACUGCCUCGAAUUGGCUGAUGACAAGAACAUCCGUGUUCUCGCAAUCCCACCGUUGAUAACUCACAACACCUCACCAUCACAGAAGCAACUUGCAGCACAAGCAGUGCUGCGGGCGAUUUCCAGCUACUUCGUCAAUGUCAUGGGAAGUUCGCUGAAGCAAGUCCUGUUCGUCUUGUCCGACAUGGAGAGCAUUGGCAUUUAUGCCAGUGAGCUGGCAAAGCUGGACUCCUAGACUGCUACCUUCAUCGCUCCUAAGAGUGGUCCUCAUUUGGUCCAUCUAGAGUUACCCAAAGAGGCACCUGUACUUCAAUGAGAACUAAGAAACACAAGAUUCACAUGCACACACAUACACAAAAAUCUCAUCUUUCGUAAACAUUGCGUGUGCUUACACUCUUGCAGGCUCUACUGACUCGUCGCUAAGUGAUGGCCGAACACUGCUUCAUAUUUUUUUUUAAUAGCAAACAAUUGUAUGUUUUACAAUGCUGUGUUGAGCUCAUCAGAUGUAAAAUUGUGAGUUAUCAGCGGUAACUCACCUUUUGAGAGUAGGCCAAACACUCUUAUUUUACACUUUUUUUUUUCAACAUAUUUGCCACCACUGCCAGCCAACUUUCAUUAUGCUGCUGAGUAUUAUUGUCAAUUUUCUUAAUAAGCUGUGUAAUUCAGUGUGUGUGUGUGCAUUUCUUAAUCAAAACUCACUGUCACCUUCAACUUAGUCAAAUCUGUUAGUGCUAAUUUAUAGUUGUUCAAAAAUUCAGUACUGCCUUUUUGAAGCAUAUGUGUAUUGCUCUCGCUUGUUGGCAUGUGAGUACUUGCUGAUUUAUUCAGUGUUGUAAAAAUGUAAACAUGCGCGGUUUCUGGACAUUUAUACUCUGUUUCAACCUAAGAAAAAGUCAGGAGCCCUUUUCUCAUCUGGGAAAUAAAGGCAAGCGAAGCUUGGUGUAGGCAUGCCUAACCUGCUGCCCUUGUUUCCUUCUCUUUCUUUCACAUUCCGCUAUCUUGCCUCCUUAUUUAAGUGUUCAGUUUUACUAUAGACACUUUCACUGUUUACAAACACAGACCCGUGAUGAAAUCUGGUUUUGUCCACCAGUGUGCCUUAAUAGCAUCGGUGGCCAAGAGGAACUUUAGAAAAUAGCCCGCUCAUUUUUUACACUUUCUUUUCCUUAUUUGGCAAAAUAUAUUCAAAUAAAUGUUCUUUUGAGCCACAUAAAAAUGCUAAAAGAUUCCUUUGACCUUUACGUACAUUCCUUUUAUCUAAAGAACAAAAGAGAGUCUUACCUUACCAUUGAAAAAAAACUUGAGAAUGUGCUUUCAGUUUCAAAGAUAGGCGCUGGUAA